CAGUUGUCUUUUCAUAACCACACUUGUUAUAAAUAGUUGCAAUGGAACGGACUGAAAAGAUCAUUUUCUGGUUCACCCAGAGUCCACCACAAAAUGAUCUAUCUGUCAGGACUUGUCGGCUUUCUGCUGCUGCUUACAGCUGAAGCCAGAGUUGGGAACUCCUCUGAGUUGUCGUUCUGCUUUGAAACAGAACAAUGCCUGCUAUAUGAUCUGAUCUGCAAAACAGAUAAUUAUGAGGUGCGGCACUAUGACUCUGUGAAUUGGGUCUCAACCCAAGAGACUUCCUUCAUCAUGGAAUUCGCACUUUAUAAAUCCUUCGGCCGACUCUAUGACUACAUUACUGGAGCCAAUCAGAAGGGAGUCCAAAUUGCAAUGACGGCUCCUGUUGUCGUGAAGGUUUCUGAAAGGGCCGUUUGGGAAAGGAAGGUCUACACAAUGAGUUUCUUGUUGCCAGCUGAAUAUCAGAAGAAUCCCCCUGGUCCUACAGACGAUAAGGUGUUCAUCCAAAGCACGCCAGACCUCAAAGUGUAUGUGCAGAGCUAUGGAGGCUGGUUGACGUACCUGACUGACAGAAAGGCUGCAAGCAGCCUGUCCACUGCCCUCGACUCAGUUGAUGCAGAAUACAAUAGAGGCUUCCACUAUGCUGUUGGCUAUAACAGCCCCAUCAGGAUCUUCAACAGGCACAAUGAGGUGUGGAUGGUUGCUGAGGAUGACCCUGAGUGUCCCAGCAGUGAGGAACAGUUUCCUUGAAAACAGAGACCUGUGCAAUAACCUGCCAGAGCAGACACUUUGAAUACACCAACUAUUACCUUUGAUUAUAGCCUUGCAGUCAUGUCUAAUUGUUAUUCUUUUACUGUCAGUAAAGUUGCAUGUUUUUCAGCUAA